GUUUCUCCGCUGUCGAGGAUCUGCGUUGCCCUCGGCGACUUCACCAUCCACGACGAGCCCGCCGUCUCUCUUCUGGACCCGCAGCCCAUGAUCCUUGCCAGCAUUGGGGGUGACCAGCACCAUCAGUCCUCUUGGAAGAGUCUCUUUUCAUCGAUGACCGAGGUCUCGAGUGGCGAGCCCACGCGGUUCGACGCCCAUGCCAUGAAGGAGACCAGGAUUGACCGUGUCUUUGUCAGUCUCCCUGCUCACGCUUACCCGAAUGUCUCGCGCACGUUGAAGGUAGACAAGGAUCCUGCUGUACUCAGUGAUCGUCGCCUCAGUGAUCAUGCGCUCUUGGAUCUAACGAUUGCGAUCGCUGCUCCCAAGACGAGCGACAUCCAGCCCAUCCCCGCUUUCAUCUUCCAGCUGCGGAAGCGCGUGUGCUCGCGUAUCAUUCCAUUUCACGGGCCAUAUGGAGGCAGGAUCUUCCCCUACUGGAUGAGCUCAAAUUUGCGGAGGCUCCGCGACGUGCCCAUCUACAACAUCUCCGUCUUCGCAAAGAGCAAGCGGUCGCUGCGGCACAGCGCGCUCAGCCGCAAG